AAAAAAAAAAAAAAACUAUAUAUAUAUAUAUAAAUGGCACAGAAUCGAUAUGAUCAAGGCGGUCAACCAGAAUAUGGAUACCAACCACCUUCUGACAACAAUUAUCACUACAACAAUGCAACAGGAGGGUCGACAUCCAUUGGUCGUCGUCCCACUACACUAGGAAGAGCACCCACUCGUCGUAUUGUGCCUGGUGGAAAUUCAAUAGCCAACGCUAGUCAUAAUGUACAACGAGGUCGUACCCUCAUCCGUCCCGAUCGAUACCAAGAACCACCACCACUCUUAACCGGCAAACAAACUUCUUCUGGUAGCGCAUUCGAUCCUUGGGUCAUAUUUUCUCGUAUAGUCACCUUUUGGGCACUGCCUCCCAUGUUAACAGCAUUUAAAAUGGGCGACGCUAGUAUGCAACAAGCCUGGAGAGAGAAAAUGACCCUUUGUUUCUUAAUCGCUUGUAUGGGUGGCUUCGUCGCUUUCAUCACUAUCGGCUUAAAUUCUGUUCUCUGUCCAACAGAUCAAUCCAAUAAUCAACAAAAUUAUGCUUCUUAUAAUGAUACCGCUGAUGCACCCAAUUUAGUGGGUAUUUUAGGCUGGCAAUUUAAUACCACCAAUGCCAAAUCUACAGCCAAUCUCAACUUUCCUGCUUUGGCUGCUAUUCCUGGUACAGAUAUCACAAAUCAUUUCACACAUGGUGUCAAUAUUCCUUCCUGUGUUGCUCCUGGUAAUUCCAUUACUGCUGGUUUCAAAGCCGUCACCAGUCUUCCCUGUACACCUGUCAAUACAUUUGCUGGAUGUCUCGAUGGUGAUUUAUCUGCCGCUAACUUGGGCACUGUUUUGGGCUUAGUGAAUUCCACUCGUCAAGUCGGUUUUGACUGGAGUCAAUUUGCUCAGUUCAACUUGACGCAUUAUAUUGUCGUCGAUGGUAAUGUGCUCAACAUGGAACCUUACAUUAAAGCCAAUCCUAUUCCCAUUGCCGGUGAUUCUCUCGAUGUACUGAUUCGUGGACUCUUGAGUAACUCGUUUGCAGAAGGUGGAAGAGACGGUACCAAAAUGUUCUUUCGUCGACCUGAAUUUAAAGCCGCUGUAGACUGUCUUGUUCAAAAAUAUCGUGCUGGUCAUAUUGAUAAAAAGACAACCGGUUGUUUUGUUUCUUCCAUUGUGUUGGCUGCCUCGUUAGGUAUCGUCUUGGCUAUCGUUCUCGCUCGUUUCUUCAUGGCCUUGAUCUUUUCUUGGUUCAUCUCUAGAAAGUUAUCUCGUACCCCUCCUCCUGCUCCUCGUUCAGCUGCCGCUAAUACAGGUAACGCAAUGGAAAUGUCGGAUAUCAAGGGCGCUGGUAUGUUACGCAUGGAUUCCGCAAGUACCCUCUCUCCCGCUGGCGCUGGUGGCCCCAACUCACCUGCAUCCCAACGCAUCCAAGUCGGUAACGAUCUUUACACCGUGCUCCUCAUUACUUGUUACUCUGAAAACACUGAAGGUAUCGCCGCUACGGUUGAAUCUUUAUCCGUCACAGAUUACCCUGACGACCGUAAAUUACUCUUCUUGAUUGCCGAUGGUAUUAUCACCGGUCAUGGUGAAACCAUGUCAACACCAGAUAUGUGUCUUUCCUUGAUCACCUUUGACGAAUCCAACCCUUCUGCAAAGAAUCCCGAAUCCAUGCCUUAUAUUGCUGUCGCCGUCGGUUCCAAACAACACAACGAAGCAAAAGUCUAUGCUGGUCAUUAUGUUUGUAAGGGACACAAGGUACCAAUGAUCCUUGUAGUAAAGAGUGGUAAUCCUGACGAACAAGGCAAACCUAAGCCUGGUAAUCGUGGUAAACGUGAUUCCCAGCUUAUUUUGAUGAACUUUUUCAGCCGAGUGACUUAUAAUGAUCGCAUGACACCACUUGAUUACGACUUGUUUAGAAAAAUUCAAUGGUUGAUGGGUGUGACGCCCGAUUAUUUCGAAUUGGUCCUCAUGGUGGAUGCCGAUACUAAAGUCUAUCCUACUUCUAUGCGGUUAUUGGUGAAUUGUAUGGUCAAUGAUAACAUGAUUAUGGGCUUAUGUGGUGAGACAAAAAUCGCCAAUAAGCGUGAUUCUUGGGUGACAGCCAUCCAAGUCUAUGAAUACUUUAUUUCCCAUCAUUUGGCUAAAGGAUUUGAAGCUGUGUUUGGUGGUGUGACAUGUUUACCCGGUUGUUUCUGUAUGUAUCGUUUAAAGGCUCGUAAAGGUGACGGUGAUUGGGUUCCUAUCAUUACCAAACCUGAAAUCGUCCAAGAAUAUUCUUCUAAUACCAUUGAUACCUUGCAUCAAAAGAAUUUAUUGCUCCUUGGUGAAGAUCGUUUCUUAACCACCCUCAUGUUGCGUAAUUUCCCUUUCCGUAAAAUGGUGUUUACGCCUCAAGCCAUUUGUAAAACUGUCGUACCCGAUGAAUUUGCCGUCUUGCUCUCUCAACGUCGUCGUUGGAUUAACUCGACCAUUCAUAACUUGUUUGAAUUAGUCCUCGUACGUAACUUGUGUGGUACUUUCUGUUUCUCCAUGCAGUUUGUGGUCAUGAUGGAUUUAGUGGGUACAUUGACUUUGCCAGUGGCGAUUGUCUUGACAGUAGUAUUGAUUGCGAAUAUGGCGCAGACCAAAAUCACCAGUUUCAACGUGGCGAUUCCAUUGAUUUUGUUGAUUAUCGUUCUAUUCUCACCAGCCUUCUUGAUUUUGAUCACUACACGAAAAUGGGUAUAUGUCAUGUGGAUGUUUGUCUACUUGUGUGCGUUGCCUAUCUGGAAUUUUGUAUUGCCCGUAUAUGCAUUCUGGCAUUUUGAUGAUUUCUCAUGGGGAGAAACACGUAAAGUAGAAGGUGAGACAAAGGAAGAUCAUUCAAAGAAGGAUGGUGUGUUUGAUCCUUCCAAGGUACCUUUGAAACGAUGGGAAGAUUAUGAACGUAAACGUGUGAGAGCCAACAAACGACGUGAACGUAAGGAAAGACAGAUGCGUGAAAUGGGACCUACACAUUUAAUGCAUUCGAUGGUUCCAUCUGAAGAAGACGAGUCAAAACGUGGAUUAUUGGGAGCAGAUAAUGACGAUGAUUCUAUUUCACAAAUGUCAUAUCAAUCCACUACAGCCACGCCAUCUCAUUACUUUGAUCCUUCCAAGGAAGCCCCAGCCAAGGCAGGAUCUGGAUAUUACCCUACUUACAGACCUCAAUCCAUGGCCCCUACCAACAAUAAUCCUGCGCCUAGAAACAAUAUACCAAAUCAACCUACCCCCACUGCUUCUGGUCCAUGGGGUCCUCAACAAAAUUAUGGUUCUUCUCAGCCUCAUCCCAACAUGAGACAACCUUCUUCCCCUCAACAAGGUGGACUUCCAGGUGGCCCUCAAGGUCAAUAUGCCAGUCCCAACAAUCAAGGUCCUUUCCAAGGAUUUUAAUUAUUCUCUCUUUUUUUUUUUCUUCUGUAUCCCAUAGUUUAAAAUAAAAACACAAUCUUUUUUUUUCUUUCCUUUUUUUUUUUUU